AACUAACUACCUAUAAUCUCGCGAGCUUAAUUAGCUUCGAAUUUGCAUCAAUGGCGGCCGAGCGUUACGGGCAGAACAGGGACGACGCCCUGCAGCUGAACCAGCAGCAACAGCAGCCGCCGAAAUCGUACGGCGCCGUGAAGACGGCGACGGCGGCGACGGUCGGCGGCUCGCUGCUGGUCCUCUCGGGGCUGACGUUGGCCGGGACGGUGAUUGCGCUCACGGUGGCGACGCCGCUGUUCGUGAUCUUCAGCCCCGUGCUCCUGCCGGCGGCGAUCACCGCUUUCCUGUUGAUCACCGGAUUCCUGUCCUCCGGCGGGUUCGGACUGGCGGCGAUUAGUGUUCUGUCGUGGAUGUACCAGUACAUGACCGGAAAGCGGCCGCCGGGGGCGGAGCAGUUGGAUUAUGCGAAAGGGAGAUUGGGGAUUAGGGCGAGGGAGAUGAUGAGAGACAAGGGAGAUAACUAUAAUGUUCAGCCGCAGGUAACCACCACCACCACCGCCUGAGUUCUCCGUUGCCGGCGGCGGGCGAGAGUCGAGGAUCUGAUGUGGAGUUUAUUACAGCCAUGAUUGGUUUAUCAUGCAUUCAAAGUUAAUGUUGUAUCUGCAGUUUCAUUUUCUUUCUUUGUUUUUAUGGUAAAACCUUAAUUUAAUGUAAUAAUGUUUUUCAUCUUUGUUUCAGUUUGUGGUUAUCAUUUGUGUUGAGUUGUUGGUCAGAUGUGUAAUAUAAUCUUUUCUUUAAUGCUUUGAAAAUAAAGUUCAGGAGCC